GCCUCGCGAUCAACGAGUAGAGAAAAAAUAUGUCGCGUGUAUCUUCUUCCAUUGGUCAAUAAAUACCAAUGCAAUGUUUACUACACAAAUCAUUACUUCAGUCUCACUCUCAGAUAAUAUUCGUAAGAGGUUGAUCAAACGAAAGCAAAAGAGAUGGCCCAAAAGGUUGAAGCACAAGGAGGAAAUGGCGGUAACCAAUGGGAUGAUGGAUCCGAAUACGACGCUGUGACCAAGAUUCAAGUCGCAGCAGGCGGGAACGGAAUUGAAUAUGUUAAGUUCACAUACGUCAAGAACGGACAAACCGAAGAAGCCCCUCUACGCGGUGUCAAGGGCCGUAGUUUCGAAGCAGAUCCGUUUGUGAUAAACCAUCCGGAGGAGCACUUAGUUUCUGUAGAAGGUCGGUAUAACCCUGAAGGACUUAUUCUAGGGCUAACGUUCAAAUCCAACAAGAAGACUUCUGAUCUCAUUGGAUAUGAAGAUGGUACACCGUUCACUCUCCAAGUUCAAGACAAGAAGAUCGUUGGAUUUUAUGGCUUCGCUGGAAACAAUCUCCAUUCUCUUGGAGCGUACUUUGCUCCGUUGACUAAUGUAACCCCCUUGAAUGCCAAAAAGCUAGAAGCAAAGGGUGGUGACACGGGAGAUAUAUGGGAUGAUGGUGUUUACGAUAAUGUUAGAAAGGUAUAUGUAGGGCAAGCCCAAUAUGGUAUAGCCUUCGUCAAGUUUGAGUAUGUCAAUGGUUCUCAAGUGGUUGUUGGAGAUGAACAUGGAAAGAAGACAGAGCUAGGAGUUGAAGAGUUUGAGAUUGAUGCGGAUGACUACAUCGUAUACGUGGAAGGAUACCGUGAGAAAGUUAAUGGUAUGACCUCAGAGAUGAUCACUUUUCUUUCAUUCAAGACUUAUAAAGGCAAAACCUCUCAGCCUAUCGAACAAAGACCUGGUAUUAAGUUUGUGCUACAAGGUGGAAAAAUUGUUGGGUUUCACGGACGUUCGACCGACGUUCUAGACUCCCUCGGGGCUUAUAUUUCAUUGUCGCCCACUCCAAACUUGCAUGGAAAGUGGACAAAGGUGGAUGAAAAUGGAGAUGGUCCAGGGCUAAGAUGCUCGCAUGACAUAGCACAGGUAGGAAACAAGAUUUACUCUUUUGGUGGUGAGUUCACACCAAAUCAGCCCAUCGACAAACACCUUUACGUCUUUGACAUCGAGAGCCGGACUUGGUCCAUUUCUCCAGCCACGGGAGACAUUCCAACCCUCUCUUGCCUAGGUGUCUGUAUGGUGUCAAUAGGAUCGACCCUCUAUGUCUUUGGAGGCCGAGACGCUUCACGUCAAUACAACGGUUUCUACUCGUUUGACACGACCACAAACGAGUGGAAACUGCUAACUCCGGUCGAAGAAGGACCCACUCCUCGUAGUUUCCACUCAAUGGCAGCCGAUGAGGAAAACGUUUACGUUUUCGGUGGAGUGAGUGCUACGGCACGACUCAAUACACUAGACUCUUACAACAUCGUUGAUAAGAAGUGGUUUCAUUGUUCGACUCCAGGAGAUUCCCUUACCGCAAGAGGAGGAGCAGGGCUCGAAGUGGUGCAAGGGAAGGUAUGGGUUGUGUAUGGGUUUAACGGAUGUGAAGUAGAUGAUGUUCAUUACUACGAUCCUGUUCAAGACAAGUGGACACAAGUGGAAACAUUCGGUGUGAGGCCUUCCGAAAGAAGUGUAUUCGCUAGUGCGGCUCUUGGGAAACACAUUGUGAUUUUUGGAGGUGAAAUUGCGAUGGACCCGCUAGCUCACGUGGGUCCAGGUCAAUUGACCGAUGGAACUUUUGCAUUGGACACAGAGACGUUGCAAUGGGAGAGGCUGGAUAAGUUUGGUGGAGAGGAAGAGACUCCGAGUAGCAGAGGAUGGACCGCGUCCACAACUGCGACCAUUGGUGGCAAGAAAGGACUUGUGAUGCAUGGUGGUAAAGCUCCAACCAAUGACCGGUUUGAUGAUCUCUUCUUUUACGGAAUUGACUCUGCCUAAUUAAGGCAGAUUUGGUGAUGAACGUUUGUGAUGCAAUAAGGGAAGGGUCUUGAUACCACCAUAUUAUCAUUCGUCAGCUUGUCCAUUUUGUUGAUGUUUUUUUUUUCCUAAACGUUUUCUAUAUGUUUAAUUGUUUUAUGUUUCGUGGUUUAUCCAAUAAAUUGUUUAUUUUCUUAAAAUAAAUCCCCAGAUAAAAAAAUGCGAACUAGAAGGGAGAGUCAUAGCUUAAUAUUAAAUAAAUAACGAUGGAUGUGUUGUAUACGCGUUUACAACUAAUCCCAUGCAGGAUUCAUAUUGUAAUUGUUUAACUAGUCUAGUGGUCAAAGUCAUCUUCCCACAUGGAGAGGUGCAGAGUUCGAAACUUUGAAUCUCCAACCUCCUUUUCAUUGUUCUUCAAUU